CGGCUCUCCUCCGCGCGUAAUGCGGACCUUUCCCUGCACUGGACACCGGAAAAAACAAAAGCCCGAUCACAUUCAUAUCGACGGAUUGUUUCCAGGGCUGGAAAUUUAAGAAGGAAGUGAUUUCUUGAUUUCUUACUCUUGGACACAUUUUUUUACUUUUAUUUCUUUUGAAAGUGAACAAACCUUAAACAUGUUAAUGCACAGUGUGUUCAUCCCUGGAGGCUCGUGCUUCAUAUGUUUGGCCACAUCACUUCACUUGGGUCUGUUCCUGCAGCUGGCGGUUUGGAAAACGACAGAGGCCAUACACCCAGACUGUGCCUUGGUGGUUCAGCACAUGAUGGCUCAAGAAGAAUGCAACCAGAUCCUCAAAGAGGAGGGGAACAACCACUCCACCAGGGCAGGUUGUCCAACGUUGUGGGACGACAUUCGUUGCUGGUAUCGUGCCGAGGUGGGCCAGGUGGUCAACAUCUCGUGUGUCGAUGUCUCUCAUCUGUUUGCCAAUAACCAAGGUUACAUCUACAGGAACUGCACUAAAGAUGGAUGGUCCAAGCUCUACCCCUCCUACGAGGAAGCCUGCGAGUUCACAGAUUACGAAGAGCCAGAACCAGUGACAACGUACUUCUCCAACUUCAAACAGGUCUACACCGCUGGCUACGCGACCUCCCUCAUCGCUCUGAUAUCAGCUAUUUUUGUCUUCACUGUGUUCAGGAAGUUUCACUGCACCAGGAACUACAUCCACAUCAACCUGUUUGUGUCCUUCAUCCUGAGAGCGAGCGCUGUCUUCAUUAAAGACGGCGUUCUUUUUUACGAUGAAAAUCUGGACCACUGCUUCAUGUCGACUACGUCCUGUAAAGCAGCCGUGGCCUUCUUCCAGUUCAGUAUCCUGGCCAACUACUUCUGGCUUCUGGUGGAGGGCAUGUACCUGCAGACGCUGCUCGCGCUCACCUUUGUUUUCCAGAAGAAAUACUUCUGGUGGUACAUACUCAUCGGCUGGGGUCUCCCAACAACAAUCAUAACAGCGUGGAUACUCACUCGCAACUUCUACGAUAACAACGGUUGCUGGGAUGACACAGAUGUGGCCUUCAUCUGGUGGAUCAUAAAAGCUCCGAUAACGGCAUCGCUUCUGGUGAACUUCAUCAUCUUCAUCAAUGUGAUCCGUAUCCUGGUCCAGAAGCUGAGAUCUCCUGGUGUCGGUGGCAACGACACAAGUCACUUCAAGCGGCUGGCCAAGUCCACUCUGCUCCUCAUCCCUCUGUUUGGAAUGCACUACAUGGUGUUCGCCUUCCUGCCAGAAAACACCGGAGCAGAGGCCCGAAUCUUCAUCGAGCUCGGUCUGGGAUCCUUUCAGGGAUUCGUUGUGGCUCUGCUCUACUGUUUCCUGAAUGGUGAAGUGCAGGCAGAACUGAAGAAGAGGUUUUGGAAGUGGCAGACUCAGAGUUACCUGAGGUACAGUAAACGACGGCGUACGCUGUUCACUGAAAGCAGCACGGUCACUCAGAUAUCCGUCCUGGACAAAUCCAGCCCCAAAGAGCAGCCGCCCUCAGAGACAAACGCCCUCACGCCCAGCAACAUCUCCGCUGUCUGAGGAACGUUGGACAGCACAGGUCUUCACGUCCCGUGUCACAACACCCGCUUGGUAUUUGGACAACGUCUCGAACGAGUGACUGAACAGCAGAACCCGAUUGAUGAAUGUUUAAGGUACCUCGAACGGUACGAAUUAUCUGCAGAAUCCCACAUGGGCUGCUAAAUUUACAGCCGUUAACUUCACUCUAACUUUGUUCACUCACUGUACUCAUCACAUCGUUCACCUUAACCUUUCCCUCCGUGAUAUUAAUUAUCUUUCCACUCACUGGCUUCAGUACUGGCUCUCAGAGAGGUCACAUAUUUUAUUGCCCUUUGCAAGAUUUUGCUUUAGGGGCAUCUUUCCUACAAUCGUCAAAAAUCUUUUAUUCUUCUUUUUAUCAAAACAUUGAUAUCACAAUAAAUGUGGCUCCAAUAUUAAUUCAUGAAUUAUAUUAUUAUAACUAAAUGCUGCCUUCCUUGGAUCUGGCAGCCGUUUCUCACCAAAGUAGCCAAAAGAUGAAUUAAUUCAUUGAUUAGAUUAAGUAAUCUAAUCUUAAUUUUAAGACUAAAUAUCUUCCCCCUGCACCUCCUUUACGAACAGUCAGUCCAAAGUUACGUAACCACUGAAUGCUCCUGGACUUUACAGAUACAUUUCUAAUUUUAUUCUCCCACCCCGUGGAUCAGUGCCAUUCAUCAGUGCUUGGAUGUCCGUGUGAUUCUUCAGUCUCUUGAAUGUUGGGCAGUACGAUUUCAUCACAUUAUGAAGAUUAGAUUCUUCGUGCCCACGUUACCAUCAGUGGCUCUGCAUGCAACAUGUUGCACAGUGCACUAGCGCACAUCUGGAGCACUAGACUGUAAAAGCUAUUUAUUUGUCAGAUUAUCGUUUUUUUUUUGUGUCAGUGUAAAUAAAAAACCUGAACUAGAGUUUACAUGUAUUUUAAGAAAACAGUAGAGUUCAUCCAAUAGAUUUAUAAAACCACAUGAAUGACCUUGUUACUGUAAAACUAAAAGAAAACAACUUUAAAACAGAUACGUUGGUAUUUAUAUUUAACUUUUUUUUUUUUAUUAUUAUGCUGUAAUAUUGCAAAGCGUGGAAAAAAUUACCUGUUUGUUCGGUUUCGUGACGCUGAUUGCUGUGCUAAUGCUUAUGUAAUCCAGAACCUGAGAAGUAGACUAGAUGAGCCGUCGGUGUAUCUACGCUUUGUUCUGUUCUGUUUUGACCUGGUCGACACUCAGCAGGUCCACAGGCACAUGUAGAUAUGUACAGUAUUAUUCACAGAAGUAAAUAUGACUUCACUCAGCUACUGACCACUUCAGUGCCUUUAUCAUAAAGCAUCACUCUGUUUCUCUGCAGUUCAGGCGGAUCGGACCUUACAGCACGUUUGCAUUUCAGAUCUGUGUGUCGACAUAUUUAAGAUUGUGAAACCAUGUUUUGGGUCUUUUGCUGUGCAGCGUUAACAGAUGUGCUUCUGUGAUCCGUGAUUCACGACGUGGUGAGAACUGUGUUCAAAAGACAAAAACAAACUUUCAUCUGAUUUCAAAUUGUGCAGCGUUGGAAGUUGAAAGAUGAUUUUAACCGAGCAUGUUUUGAUGUGGUGUUUUCUGAAAGAAAGAUUUUCAUGUUGUGUGUGUGUGUGUGUGUGAACUUUUCCUUCUUAGAUUACAUCCAUUUACAGUGCUAUUCCUCUUUCCUUGCUUGAAAAAGACGAUGUAGAUGUUUCUCUUUCAGGUUCCGGUUUACGACGUGAAUGCUUGAAGUUUCUGAUUUGGUGUUUUUUCUUAUUUGGGCUGGAGGUGAACAUUACAGGCUGAGGCUGGUGAUCGUCUAUAGUUUUCUUUUUGUUGACAUCUAAUGAAAAGAAAUUACUCCCCUACCUUGUCUGUGGCACUCAUUGCCUGACCCACGGGUUCCUACUAAAGACAUAAAAUGGCAGAUGCAGGACCGCCAACAUGGCAACAACCAGAGCCACCACACUGAGCUUCACAACGUCCCCUCAUACACUUGUGGGUGACAUCACGGCUAUUACAUCCAUAUUUAUACUGUGUAUUUUGACCCACAGACACUUACACCACCAAAAUCCAGCAUUUCCCCUUGUUUUUAAUGGAACUAUAUAUUUGUGAGCUACUAUGAGAUUUACACGUCAGGAGGAGAAGUAACAAACGGAGCUUAGAGCCACAGAUAGUGGAGAUCAAAUGAAAGUAAAGGUAAAAACACAAGGAACAGAUAAUAACAGCAGCCUUAUCCUUUAAGCCAGAACAUGUCUGAAUAUUUACCACACACGACAACAUUGAGCCAACAAGUUAAAAACAUUUAUUGUCGAUACUUCCAUAAUAUACAAAAAAGCCUUCUAGUGUGCAACACUGAAACAAGAUCAAAUGGUUUCGCUGUGCAGUGGAAAGAGAUCGAAUGUAAGAAACAAACAGGAGCUCGUGAGCAGACAGAAGCAGGCUCGAGUGCUUUGAGAUACUUUUACAUUCAGCCAUCAGUACACGAACCGCUGAGCCCCAUUUUUUUUUUUUGACUGAUUAACUGAUUCAAACAGGCAAUCGAUACAAUGAAGCACUUCAAUAAAGAUAACCACCAUCGAAAAGCUGGAAAGAAAAAAACAUUUAAAACAACUUUCUUGUCAUGCUUUGCAGUAAAAAUAAAAAAGGAAAAGAAAAGAGUACAGCAGGUUUUUUUAUUUUUUAUGGCACUUUACUUUUCCUCAUGUCUGCACAGGUUUAACAUUCAAAGGAAAAGUAUUCGACGGGUCCUGACGGGACGAGAGCUACAAUUCGAUAAAUCGUUCACAGUUGGUAUCAAAUAUCCAAAUAUUCUAGCUUAUUAAUUGGAUUCCCUUUGACGGCCUGAAAGCUCGACCCUCUGCUGUGAAUGUCAUCUGCUGGUCACAUGAGAUCAAGACGAUUUAACAAGCAUGCAUCAGCCUAUCGAGAGAGUACAGAGGCGUCACAGGAGGCUUUAUACUUUUAGCAAACACGAUCACCAUUAAAAAGGAGUCAAAUAAAAACAGUUUGAAAAAAUAUGAGAACAAUCACAGCUAUUCACUUUGAACCACAUUUACAAGGUACAACAGCUUGUUUCUGUCUCGCACAUUUAAACUGCGGUUUAUUUAGUCACAAAGGUUGGCUACACACCUUUCAAACACUUCAACUAACUACUUCAUAGCUCCAAACAAAUGAGUAUUUAUUCUUAUAAUAAUAAUAAUAAUAAUAAUAGCAACAUCUUUGUCUGACAUCAACAUAGUACUGGCAAUAUAAGGCUCCAACUCCCAUAUUAACACGAAAGGAAAAAAUCACAUCAACAAAAUUCGGCUCAUGACCCGGUGAGAUUGUCAUAAUGUUGUUUUUAUGAACUCUGAAUAUUGAACUGAACCAGAGAAGAAGAGGUGGUGAUUGUCCAGCCCUUUCCCCCCCCCCCAAACAUCACGAGAUGAACCGGGGCCCCCUUAUGGCUGCUGUUGGAUCUGCACUGUUAUUACUUGUGAACACAGACAGAGCAGAACAGCAGGACAGGACAGUUACAGCGGUCAGCCCUUCUUUUCUCUCUCUUUCUCUCUGGACUCUGAGGAAUAAUGGCUUUGGUCAUUUGCAGGUCAAGAGAUGUUUGAGAUUGGAGUGAAACGGGACAAAAUUUGGUUAAAAAGUGAAAGUUUUUAGGCGUUACUUCAUUUUCAUAACUAUAUUUCAGUGUCUAGUAUAAAUUUAAUGGACUAUAUGAGACUUAAACCUCAAAAAAAUAUUUACUUUUUAAGAUUUAAGGCUGCAGUGACACAGAGGUCACAUCACUGUUCACUGGUUCUGGGAAUUUGGACUCACUAUAUUUAAAAUGAGGCUGUUUCUGGUCAAAUAAAUCAGUCAAUAAAAACACAUUCAGUUGCUGUAUGUCAGUGUCUUAUAUACACUUAAAUACAGUCACUAAAUUACUUUUGAAAAACC